GCGUCUUAGACUAUUUCACGAUUAUUUUAUUUACGUAGCUUUCCGAGCUUCGCAUCAUCAAUUCCAAAUCACCAUAACGCUUUUAUACAAUUCCACCUCGCUAAUCUCUCUAUAAUGAUACCACGAUCCACAAUUAGCUUUCUUUUCCUAUCUUCGUAAUUAAUGUUCGGUGUAGUUAGCAAGCAGGAUGACCAAAUCCAACAGCUUCUUCCACAAUUUGGUUAAACGCUUCAAGCUCAGUUCAAGUAAAGAAAGCCAAGAAGAAGAACUGGAAGCGAUUGCUGCUCAAGAACAGAAGAUUUUCAGUUUUCAAACCCUAGUUUCUGCAACCAAAAAUUUCCAUCCAGAUAAUAAGCUUGGCCAAGGGGGUUAUGGACCUGUUUUCAAGGGUAAAUUGGAUGAUGGUAGAGAGAUUGCAGUCAAGAAGUUAUCACAAACAUCAACUCAAGGGAAAAAGGAGUUCACAACUGAGGCCAAACUAUUGGCACGUGUGCAACAUAGAAACGUUGUCAACUUAUUAGGGUUUUGUGGGUACCCGGAGAAGCUCUUAGUAUACGAAUACGUUGUACACGAAAGCCUAGACAAGCUUCUUUUCUCAUCCGGAAAUCGAAAAGCACUAGAUUGGAAGAGACGAUACAAUAUAAUUGUUGGUGUGGCACGUGGCUUGCUUUACCUUCAUGAAGACUCACAUGAUCGUAUCAUUCAUAGAGAUAUUAAAGCGAGUAAUAUUUUAUUAGAUGAUAAAUGGAUACCAAAAAUAGCGGAUUUUGGCAUGGCUAGGCUUUACCCCGAAGAUCAAACUCACAUUAACACCCGUGUAGCGGGUACAAAUGGAUAUAUGGCACCAGAGUAUGUUAUGCAUGGGAAUCUAUCUGUGAAAGUGGAUGUAUAUAGCUUUGGUGUAAUGGUUUUAGAGCUUGUCAGUGGUCAGAAAAACUCGGCUUUUAACCUCGACCCCGAGUGCGAAAAUUUACUAGAUUGGGCGUAUAAAUUGUACAAGAAAGGAAAAAGCCUUGAAAUUUUGGAGUCAAAGUUGUAUUCUUCAUCAGACCUUGAUGAGGUUUCUGCUUGUAUAAAAAUCGGGUUAUUAUGUACCCAAUCGGAUCCAGGACAACGACCCACCAUGCGGCGGGUGGUGGUGAUGCUGACCAAGAAAUCCGGUGUGCUAGACGAGCCGAGCCGCCCUGGGAUUCCGGGAACACGGUACAGAAGGUCCCGGAGACCGGGGACUUCGGGUGGUUCGAGUUCUCAUUCCUCAACCACCACUACCACCACCACCACCACCAUCACCACCUCCACCGCCCCCACCACAGCCUCAGGUCCGUCUGGUUCUGUUCCUCGCCGGAGAUCUUCAAGUUCCGGUAUUAGUUCAAGAUCGGAUCCUCAUGGUAAACGCCCAAUGAUGGAGACUUACGAUUGAUUUGUGUUUGAAUUCUUUACGUUGAUUAUUAUUUAGCGUAUACCAAAAAGAAUUGAUUUGGUAGUUGCUUUUUACUGAAAAUAUGAAGGUGUACAUUUUAGGAGGUAGGAUUAGGUCAACAAGGGUGGUUAUUUGUAUGUAAUGAACAAAGAUGCACAUUUGACCUGACAAGUUUGGAUGACCGGAUUAGAGACUAUCUUUGUCUUUUGAAAUUUA